AUGUCGACCACCGCCCCCUCUCUUAUAGUCGUCACCGGAGCCACCGGCAACCAAGGAGGCGGCGUCGUCCGCGCGCUGCUGGCCUCCAAAACCCCAGCCGGAGGUCUCUGGCAUGUCCGGGGUCUCACACGAGACCCCAAUUCCACCAAGGCGCAGAAAUUCCUAGCCGACAAUCAGACCAUCGACAACCGUCUUUCCCUCAUCACGGGGCAUGUAUACGACCAAUCUUCCCUUGAGAACGCAUUCGCAGGCGCACAUGGCGUGUUUGCCGUGACAUCCGAGACCCAGACGGGCAGGAUUCUAGAAAACGAAGAGGAGAUGAAACAUGAGAUUGACGCCGGGCGGAAUAUGGUCCUGGCGGCGGAAGCGUGUCGCGUCAGACACUUUGUCUUUAGCAGUUUGCCGGAUAUGGUUGAGGCAACGGGGGGUCGGUAUCCGAAUAUUUAUCAUAUGAAUAAUAAGCAUGAGGUUGAGAAAAUUGCGAGGGAACGGCUGAGUGGGGUGACGUGCCUUAUUCCAGCGAGCUGCGCAGGGUUCUUUUAUACGAACCUGAGAUGGCCUCAUUAUUCGGACCGUCGAUCGGACGGAGUCGUUCGAUUCCGUAUCCCCAUCCCAGGUGGCCAGGUUGCCCAGUGGACUGAUCCGAUCCAUGACAUGGGGAUUUUUGCAGCGAAAGUGUUCAACCUGGGCGUCGAAAAAACCCAUGGAAAGACCUACCUUGUGCUAAGCCCUCGUGUCACACCAGAUGACAUGGUGACAACAUUCACCAAAGUCACUGGCCAGCCCGCAAUUCACGACCCGAUAUCUGCCGAGGAAUUCGGGGAGCUGACGGCUCCCUUUGUCGGACCAGCGUUCAAGCAAGAUGCCCAGGACAUGAUGGAAUGGGCUGCGGUGGCGCCAGCCGAUAGGAUUUGUUACGGGGCCUUUACUGAGGAUCAGGACCGCUCGUUCGAGGAGCUAGGUCUGAAGGCCUCCUCUUUUGAGGAGUGGCUUCGCCGUAGUGGCUGGACGGGUCCUGCGUGA